AUGGGCCGUGACACAAAGGCCCCUGGUAAGCCAACACUCGCAGAUAUUGUCGCGGGGAGACAUGCUUUGGAUGUGCCCCCAGGCGAACAUACCGGUACCACAAACCGUCGCGUUGAAGUACCAGAAACGUCUCCCACUCAACCACUUGCCGACAUGAAUGGUAGAUCUUGCCCGCAUUACAACAUAGAGCCGGGGUCCAUCCACAAUUCUAGAGGAGGCGUGGAGAAUCUGGGUUAUUCAAGGCUGAACGUGAGCGAAAGGGAGCAUCUUCAAACUAUUUUCUCUGAGGAGAAUGGAAUUAGACGCGAUAAUGCCGUUCGCGUGUUAAAAAGAUUAGGCAUACAUCCCACACCUAGCGAUACAGAGUUAGAACCGUUUUUUCGAACUUUGGACACCCAGCAAUCCUCGCUUUCUCCUGCGCAAUGGAUUUCCCUUGUUGAGCACUUGAUAGAUGCACAGGGAUGCACCUUUGAAAGCAACGCAAAUUCUACUGGAGUUGUCACCCCGGAUGUGCCACAUCAUAAUUCAGAAGAGGACCAGAGGAUGUGUGGUAGAGAGGGCGCCGUGACACAAAGGUCCGAAGCUAAACUGAUUGAUGAUCAAGGUAGAGGCUGUGCCAACGCCAGCGCCAUUAGUCACCUCGCUGACACGGCCAACGGCGAUGGCAGUAGCUAUUCUGAAGAAAGAUGGAUUACUGGGACUGAAGAGGCUGAUGUCGCAUUGGUGAAGUUGUUUAUUCACUGCGGUGCACUGGAACGAAAAGGAAGAGGAAUGGAAUUAUUUCUGCGAGAUUUUAGGCGCAUGACCGACCUUCGACGGAAUUCCUUGCCUCCAAGGCGCAUUGUGUGGGAUGCUGUUUCCACGCUGACCGAUUGGUGCCAUGCAGCGUCCGCUUCUACAAAUGACAGUACAGAUUGCCAGUGCAUGAAACUUCCACAAUUUCUGGUUUUUAUAGAGGAUGAACUUCAGGGUCUUGUGCCCAGAUAUCGGGGGGGCGGCACGUCCAGACAUUCUUUUCCGACUGUGUGUAUGAUUCUUGCAGCGUUGGCGCCAGAGCCGCUGCAACGGAUUUGCGGCCGCGACACUGUUGAACAUCUUCGUGCCCCUGAAACGGUGGAGUAUGUAAUGAGGGGGCUAGAAAUCACGGAGAGCCUGAAUACUACUCCUCCUGAAGCUUCUCUCAAACAAGGAAGAGGAACUGGACUUCCUCCAAUGCCUCCAGCGCUACCACUGGCAUCACGACCCAUUAUUUGGAAACGUCAAAAGGUGCGUCGAGUACCAUUUUCAUCGCCGAGCACACCGGUUGUAAGAGCUGGUGCCUUGGAUAGCACUGCUACUGCUACUGGUGGUGGUGGUGGUGGUGGUGGUGGUAGUGACAAGACGUAUGAGAAAAGGGGCCGUGCCGUUUCCGCUUCUGUGAGAUCACGCUCCUCAACAGGAGCGCAAAGGGAACGCAGGAGCUCGGACGUUCCCCGAUACAUGGAACCCAAACGGCCUGACGAGAUAUCCGCUUCCAUUAUCGCGAGGUCAAAGGCGCGAAGGCUCAUCGAUGAGCUCCGCAAGAAUACCAUCCCCAUCAAUCGCUACGAGUGUUUUGCACGCAUAGAAUAUGUGCAGCAGGCGAUGUUUGAGGAUGCCAGUAUGAGUGAACAUGACGGCAAUAGUAGUGAAGAAGGCAUUGACAGCCAAGGUGGGACAUAUUCCCAUCGCCACCGUCGUCAUUCGAAGACCAAAGUUCUUAUGCCAGACGUGAGCGGACCGCUUCUUCCUGGAAUGUACAGGAUGGGUGGCCUUGGCCGUCCUACCACACGCAAAGCACGACAAGAGACCUUUGAGCGACUCUACAGAUCGCGUUUUAGCUGUCUUAGUGGCUGCAGUAGCUCCUCUGUCCACCGAUCGCCGUCCUCUGUAGCUGCUACUUCAUCUGUAUCACCAAGCAAUGCUGAGCAAGGCGCACAUACCUCUGUUUCACCCAAUCAUGUGAAUACAGAAGCUACAGCUCCUCUGAUGAGCCAUGAGGAUCAGCCGGCAUCCGUGUCGGCUGCCGUGACACCACUCUACCAGCGGCGCAUGCGUGGAUCACUAACGCGGCAGAACUCACGACCGCCACCUAUGUUGGCAGACAUCUACGCUACACGAUUUCUCUCGUCUUCAACGCGGUCACAGCGGGCUUCUUCCACCAGCACGGCCGCCAGCACAAGAAUGACGGACGAUGCCCCUGUGCAGACACAGGUGGUGGCUUCUAGACGUACAAGUUCUGUCAAUUCGCAUCCAAGUGGCCUGCUUGUACAACGCAGCUCCGUCCAAUGGAGCUGA